AAGCCCCCAGCGCCCCCGCCGAACCGAAAGCAGGUAGAAGGACACUUCCUGCGGGGUGGAGAAAGGGAGAGAAAGGGAGUUUGCCUCUCAUCUCCCUCAAAAACCAAUCAGGCCGGAUCAGCCAGGCGUUGAGGCGCCCUCCGUCCCUCCUACACCUUUCCCAGAGACCCAAUGGCCUUGUCCCUCCGGGAGAUUGACUAGAGUCACAUGAGCUGCACCAAGGGCAGCCCCGGGAAGAAGGAGAUCACCGGGAACAGUUGUUUCCCCCCUGUGGUCAUGACGGCUUCGCGCAGUGACUCUUUGGUGGUGUUGUUUGGGGCAACAGCUGGUGCAUAUGGGGCUAAACUGGGUUCGGAUGAGAGGGAACUAAUUCUCUUGGUGUGGCAAGUUGUGGAUCUCCCCGGCAAGAAGGUAGGGACACUGCACAAAUCCCUGGUGAAAGCAGACAAUUUGGAGUUAAGUGAUCAAUGUCGUGAAGUGAGUGGUUUAACACCAGAGGGACUGGGCAAAGCAGAGCCUCUGGACCGGGUUCUUCAACAGUUUAUUCAGCUGGUAUCCAGUGAUUUGAAAGUACUUGGAAGGAGUUCUUACACGCUCUGCAGUGAUGGCCAGUUACUCAUUCGACAAGUCCUCCACCCAGAAACAUCUAAGAAGAACUUCCUGCUAUCAGACUGCUUCUAUUCCUUUUAUGAUCUGCGCAAAGAAUUUCACACAUGCUACCCUAGUUCAGCCGCCGUGAAGGACCAGACUAUCAAGACCAUGGCAGAAUAUCUAGGCUUAGGGACAGAUGAAACAGAGGAGGACUUCGGCGUGUGGCAAGUGAAAACAAUGGUGGCUAUCAUUUUCAGCAUGCUCUCUGAAAGUUGUAAUCACAUAUUUACUGAGCCUGAAACUGUGAAAUACAAAUACGAAACAGGUCCAUGUAGUAAAUCUGAAACAGUGGACAAUGAGACAGUAAUACGUGCCAGAGGUUUGCCAUGGCAGUCUUCAGACCAAGAUAUUGCCCGAUUUUUCAAAGGACUGAAUAUUGCUAAAGGUGGUGUGGCUCUUUGUCUGAAUGCUCAAGGAAGAAGAAAUGGUGAAGCAUUAGUUCGGUUUGUCAAUUCUGAACAGAGAGAUUUGGCACUGGAAAGACAUAAGCAUCACAUGGGUAGCAGAUACAUUGAGGUUUACAAAGCAACUGGGGAAGAAUUCUUAAAAAUUGCAGGAGGUACCUCCAAUGAAGUUGCCCAGUUUUUAUCUAAAGAGAAUCAAGUUAUCAUCCGGAUGAGAGGCCUUCCAUUCACUGCUACUCAGGAGGAUGUGUUGGGGUUCCUGGGGCCAGAGUGCCCGGUCACAGGAGGGAAAGAGGGACUUCUCUUUGUCAAGUACCCAGAUGGCAGGCCCACAGGAGAUGCAUUUGUAUUGUUCUCCUGUGAAGAAUAUGCACAGAAUGCACUUAAAAAGCACAAAGAAAUCCUUGGAAAACGUUACAUUGAACUCUUCCGGAGCACAGCAGCAGAAGUCCAGCAGGUACUUAAUCGAUACAUGUCAACACCUCUUAUUCCCACCCUCCCAACUCCCAUCAUUCCUGUCAUACCCCCACCAUACACAAUUGCCACGGGUAGCAUACGUGACUGUGUCCGGCUCAGAGGCCUUCCUUACACUGCUGGCAUUGACGACAUCCUGGAAUUUAUGGGAGAUGCCACAGCUGAUAUCAAGCCCCAUGGGGUUCACAUGGUCCUUAAUCAACAGGGACGACCAUCAGGUGAUGCUUUUAUCCAAAUGAAAUCUGCUGACAAAGCCUUUAUGGUGGCUCAAAAAUGUCACAAAAAAAUGAUGAAGGACCGUUAUGUGGAAGUAUUCCAGUGUUCGGGAGAGGAGAUGAACUUUGUUUUAAUGGGUGGCACUUUAAAUCGUAGUGGCUUAUCCCCACCGCCAUGUAAGUUACCAUGUCUUUCUCCACCAGCUUAUGCUGCUUUCCAAACAGCAGCUGUGAUCCCAGCAGAAGCAGCGCUCUACCAGCCACAAGCCCUCUUGCCAGCCGCCAGGACUCCCCAGGCAUCAGCUGCUGCUCCUCCAACUGUUACCUACUACCCAGCUCAGGCAGCUCAGCUUUAUAUGAAUUACACAGCUUACUAUCCCAGUCCUCCAGUAUCCCCUACCACAGUGGGGUAUAUCGCAGCUCCUCCAGGAGCUGUAGCUGCUGCUGCCACUGCCACCCACACUCCAAUUCUGCCCCAGCCUGGAGCAUUAGUCCGUAUGCAGGGCUUGCCAUAUAACACAGGAAUGAAGGAGAUUCUCAGUUUCUUCCAGGGAUACCAGGAUGCAUUGCACGAUGCUUCUGGUCAUUUAUAAAGUGAGCCCUUAAUAAUCGUCAGUGGUUUGGGGCAUGGUUUUAAUCUCUGCAUAACUAAUUGAUGUUGGUAUUCAAUGGGCUUGGGAAAUAGAUCGGAAAAUCUGAGAUUAAAGGGUGAUUUUUUUUGUCUUUGUAUGUCCUUGUCUGAAAGGAGCAAGUUUUAAGUUUCAGUUCCUGCUUUAUGCUCUUCUGUGUUCUUCCUUCAGUCUUCAUGGGCUCCAUAUAUUGCAUGUAUUCACAUGUUGUUAUUUAAGUGAAAACACUUUUCAUACCAGACCUGCCUGUUAAGAGAGAGAGUUUGCUUAUUAUGGGCUUCAACAAGCUGGUCUCAAUAUUAGUACAUGCUUCUAAUCUUAAAUUAUUUAAGAAUCUGCAGAUCAGCACUUUAUCACUUAUUUUAAUUUUCAUUUAUUUUAUCAGCAGUAGGCUCUUGUUUAGUGAUCCAGGAACUUGUUUUCUUCUUGAAGUUAUGCAUUCUUAUUUUUAUUGUUAAAAAUCACUUCCAGUUUGUAUGUGUGUAAUGUAUCUAGCAUUAAACAACCUUGAAAAAUCUGUGAAAUUUUAAUAGUAAAUCUUGGAGAUGGGUAUUUUCCCCAUCACCUUUCAUAAUGUUGUAGUGCACUGUAACAUUCAAAAUUGCUAAUAAUACUUUCUCAUUUAGUAAUUUUUCCAUGUUUAAACUGCUUUUUAGUUAUAUUGUAAUGUAACUGGGUCAAUUAUUUGACUGAUUGCGUAGCUAAAGGAUACUCCGGGGUGGAGUGGGGGACAAAAAAAACACACAACCACACAACCCUUAAAAUCGAAAUAGGACAUAAGAGUAGCUGUUGCCCUGACAAGUCCUAAAACACCAGCUUCUCAGCAGGUUUGCUGGUCUUUGGGCAUUAAUUUGAAAUAAGGUAUUUAUGGAUGUUUACCAGAAACUUCCUUUAUUGUUCAAAGGCUUUAAUUGUGUAGACACUAUUUUAAAGUUGAGAAAAAAAUAAUUUGUCUUUCAGACCCUAUUGGGAAAAGCUUGAGGAAAAUGUGGGGCAGAAUAGUAAUAACAUGCAAAGGACUCAUCAGUGUUGGUUUUGGCCAUCACUCUGCACAUCAGUAAGUGCAGCGAGAAAAAUUGAGCACCUAAGGAAGGAACUAAGUGUUGGGUGAUGGUUUUAUGUGAAGUCAUUUGUCAGAACAAAGCUGAUCACCAUAUGGACAUUAUUUAAAGCCUUCUGAAUUUGCUGAAGAAAAGGCUAGGCUGGAAACGUAAGGACUCCUUUGUGAAAGUAUUUUUGUGUAGAACAGGCUUAAAAUCAAUAUUUAAACCUGUAGUAGACCUAAGUGCCUUUUAUGUUUGGCUAAAAAAAAAAUAAAAUAUUUGCAGUAUAUUAAUCCUCCAAGUCUUUGGAGACCCCAAAUUCAAAGCUUGCUGGGGUGGGGAGCUGUGCUUAAAACAGGAGGUGUAGGGGAACGGAUAGAUCACUAAGUUCCAAGAGCAUUAACCUUUCUCCCUUGUACUAGAAUAGCGGGCUUCAUUGGUAUGGACUUGUUUAAGGAUUAGUUUUUUUUUCUCCCCCUAUGAAAUGCAUGCUUGAACAAAGAGGUGUUCUCUUUCCAGUGGGUUCCUUUUGAAAUCUGACGCUUCACAGUCUGAGAGGGAUACCCCAUUGUCUGUGUGCCAAUUCUUAGUGUAGAACCUUCUGCCUAGGGAAGGGAAAAGAAAGAGGAUGUGAUAAAAUAAUAGUAAGUGGGAAUUCUUUAAGUCAGCUGACAACACAGAUGUGUUAUGGUCACUCCCAUGCAGCUGGAAUAUAGAGUGUUACUUGUUUUACUUUGUUCCUAAAAGUCUUCCAUCUGGAAAUACUGUCCGUAUGGAGAAAGCAUCUGUCAGAACGGGACUAGUAAAUUAGCAGUUAUAGUUCUUCUGCCUGGUAUUUCUUGCUAUUUCUGCCAACUUUUUUGCCAAAGGUUGCAAACACCUAGCCAUCAGAUUGGAUUCUUUAUGUUCCAGACUUACUGUAUCUAGAUUUAUUUUUUCUAGAUUUUUUUUUCCAAAGCCUUGGAAAAAUGGCUGGACUAAAAAAGUGUAUGCAAGGAGAAAGUGUAGUAUUCUAUUUCUUUGUUAGCCAAUGUAUCCUUGGUUCUUAUCUGAAAAAGCUUUGCACUACAGAAAGCGUAGCAGAUAGUCUUUCUGGUAUUUCUGUAUUGGUUGGUCAUCUACUCUAGUAAAAGAGGAGUUAGUGUUUUUUAAUAUACAUCUGUCAUUUAGUAUAAUUUUAGUCUGUUGUAAUAUAUACUAUUUAAUAUUAAAAUAAUGGUGUUAUUUAAUAUACAUGAGUUGAAAACUCUCUGCCAUUUCAAAUGUUAAUACCUAGAAGGGUAGAUAUAGAAUCAGAGAAUGGCUUGGGUUGGAAGGGACCUUAAGGAUCAUCUGUUUCCAACCCUCCUGCCAUGGCAAGGGAUGCCACCUACUAGAUCGGAUUGCCCAGGACCCCAUCCAACCUGGUCUUGAACACCUCCAGGGAUAGGGCAUUUACAACUUCUCUGGGCAACUUGUUCUAGUGCCUUACCACCCUCCGAGUGAAGACUUUAAUAUUUUACAUUUGUAAAGUAAAUCACUGGCUCUAUGAAGAAGCGCCAUGUCCUUCAGGAAAAAAUAUUUUGCUUUAGCUGUGACACUGUAUGUCUGUCAAUAAUGGUCUUGUCACUGUAUGUCUUAAGCUAUGAAAGUCCCUACGGCCACAGGGGAGCUGACAAGGGAAAAAUGUAGGAAAUGGGGAAACAGUCUUUGCUAUUCAGCAGUAUCUCUCCCAGUCUGCUGCAUUUUUUUUGGUUGUUAUGUAUGCAUAUUCCUUCUGGCAUCUUGCUGUAGAAUUAAUUAUUGACCCCAGGACCUUAUUUGCUAACUGCUUACAAAGGUUCUGUUCUGUUUCUUUCUCCUAGGUUAGUUUCCUACACCUGGCUUCCCUAUGUAGCUUUCAUCUUUCUUUAUCUUAGCUCACAUCUCUAAAAAACACUGAAAGGGGUCAGUAUAGCACCAGGCACAUUCUGGUAACUCAGUGUUGAUGUCCUUAGCAUCUGAAGUUGACCUUUGUAAUGGAGCAUUUUAUUUAACAGUGGUAUUCUGUGUAUUCUUCCUUACUAGACUAAGCAAAAAAAAAAAAAAAAAAAAGAAAAAAGGGGGGGGGGGAAGGAAAGAAAAUUUUCUUCAAUUUGUCUCAAUUUGUUUCUGCAUUCUCCUUAAGUAAUUCUAGGAAAUAGGUCACUCCUGUUCAUCUUCUGUGAACAUAUGAGAAUAUCCAGUUUAAUAGGGUAUGAUGAAGAAAACUUUGGUAGACAUGUAUUUCAUAGAUAAAAGUAAUGGCUUAAAAACUUAGUUUUGCUACUGUAUCAUUCCAGUAGACCACUAGAUUUAACACUGCAUUUGACAUAGAAUCACAGAACAGUUUGAGUUGAAAGGGACCUUAAAGCCCAUCCAGCUCCAACCCCCUGCCAUGGGCAGGGACACCUCCCACCAGCCCAGGCUGCUCCAAGCCCCAUCCAGCCUGGCCCUGAACACCACCAUCCAUAGCUUCUCUGGGCAGCCUGUGCCAGUGCCUCACCACCCUCAGAGUAAAGAAUGUUUGAGUAAAAGCUUCUGAAUCACAGAAUCUUUCAGGCUCAAAAGGACCUCUUUGGAUCAUCUAGUCCAGCCCUCCAAGAGCUGUGAACUCAGAAGGAGGGGAGGUGAGAAAGCAGCAGGUCUGAGGAAAGAGGCUGUGUUUCAGCUCAGAGAAGCAAGGAAGAUGGGAAUAAGGUGAUGAUGAGGGUAGUGGAGGUAGGAACAGGGAGGUCUGCUUUUAAUUUUAUUUGAAUUUAAGUUAAAGGGGGAACUAUUGCAGUGGAUGGUAGCUUCUUACCAGUUACUUGUCUGUUAAGGGUGGAACUUUGAAGUACAGUAUGAAGCUGUGUGUUGUCUCAGGGCUCAGCAACAUUUAUACCAGAAACAGCCAAAAUCUAGCUCGGUGAACUUGUAACUGGUCAUAUAGGGGGUUAAAUCACUAGGUGGCGUUUUUCAUAUCUAAAUGGAAACAGAAUUGAGCCCACCACCAGAACAGUAUCUCCAUUCUGAGCAAUGGGAUUGUAGAAUCACCCUUGACUUUACACUGUUUACCCUGGGUCAUUUAAUUUUGUUUUGUUUCUAUGGAUUUAUAAAAAGCAGACAGAACUGGAAGUAUUCAUGUUGGUGUAUUUCCUCAGGCAAGGUAGGGUAGUUCCUAUUUCAUUCACAGGGAAUAAGAAUUCCCCCACUUUUAUUUCCUAUCUUGGUCUACAGUACUACUCUUUGUAAUCCGUAAGUCUGAAGACUUUACUAUCCUGCAACUUCUGUUUUAAUUACAUUUUGUCUCUUACUUUUUUUUUUUUCUUGUGAUUGGAACUGACUUCUAGUUUUUAUUAUUAUUCCUUUUUCUGUUUCUUUUUUAGGCCUAGGCCUAAGGUCCGACAACUUUGACAUUUCUGUGCAGGGUAAUUUUCCCACUUUCAUGUUUUCCUCAUUGCUUAUGUGUUUGAACACUCUCCCUUACUAGAGACUAUAGACCUUUACAUACUGUACAUCUAUUGAUAAUCUAAAGUAUGUACUAUCUUGAGACAUUCCUUCCAAAGAGUAAACUUACAUUUUGUAGACUUGUUUCAAGGGCAGGUCUGGGAACUGAUAAAUCUAAUAUUUGCACGGUCUGGUUGCCCUGGCAGAGGUUAUCUAGAAAAUACUUCUUAUAUUUGUCUUUUACUUAAUGGCAUGGGUCUAGAUGUGAAGGUGGCUAGAAUCCAGUAGUAAAAAUUCUGGGAGGUUCUUUUCUUUAAUGUUCUCUGGGCUCUUGGUUGCUCUCUGUGGAAGGUGUGUACUGUGAUGGUGGUUUUGUUGUGGUUUUUCUUUUUUUUUAUCUCCUUUUCAACUUCACUUUGGAUGGAUACAAUGUGUCCUGUACACCCAAAUAUGAUAUAAUUUUUCCCCAAGCUGGCAGGAGACUUCUUUGUACUAUAGGAAUAUCAAAGAAGCCAGCAUAGUAUGUGUACAUUGUAUGCUUCUGGCAAUCCUCUAAAAUGUUAAUGCAAAACAGCCAUUUUAGGGAGAUGGGAGAACUGAAAGGAUAUUCUAGAGCUUGAGUCAUACUAGACUUUUUGUCUUCUGGAUUACAGGAACUGUUGCAGUAGCAUGUGUUUGUAGCAUGUGUGAAUAUGCUCAGUCCCAUUCUGGGAUAUGUCAUUUUGGAGCGAUAAGAUAUAGAUAAAAAACAGUGUGUUGUAUUCCUCACGAUCUAUUUUCUGAGUAUAGAUUUCAUAUUUGUAAUAGGCCCUCCAAUAGUAUACAUGAUUACUGUUCAGAUGCAGGAUCUCAAAUUUUUGUUAGAUCUAACCCACAAGUGAGGAGGGUUUUGUCUUGUUUCAUUGGUGCAACUGUACUGUACAGUCACUGUUUUUAUUUGAAAUAUUCUACCACAAACCUGUCAUGAUGCAGUUAUACUGUAUAGUUUAUUCCUUUUUCUAUUCAGUAUGGAAAUAAGCUAUAUUAGUAUAAAUGCUUUUAAAAAAUAUUUCAAGUGCAUUCAUGCUGGGACAUUGUUUUUCUUUAUAGACUUUACAGUAUAGUUGUAAUGCAAGUAUUGUAUGCAGCUGAAACGCAUAUCACUCUAUGCUAGAGAAGAUGCAGUUUAUUUCCAUGACUGCAAAAAAAAAAAAAAA